AUGAACAAGAUUAUUAUUUUGUCAUUGAUGACAGCAUGUAGUAUCGCAUAUAACUUGAACUAUUAUCGUGCAUGUUAAAAAGCUGCUUGUGCUGUUCCUUAUUAAUAUUGCUAAAAUAAACCUGCCUGUCAGCAAACAUUUAAAACUUGUGAAGAAUGUAUAGAGGAUAAUUGCUUAGAAGCAUGUAUUUUUAGUUCAUAUUCACUGGAUGUAUAAUAUUUAGCACGUUGUUCAUUGAAUAAUAAGUGCACGAGUUCUUUUAAAAGCCAUAAGGAUAUCACAUGUCCAAAUAGUUGUUAGGAACCAGCAAAAUUGGGAAAUGAAGCGUGUAGCACACCUAAGACUUACGCUACUACAGAAUGCAUAUCAGACUUCUUAAUUUAGAUUGGGAGAGAUGAAUGUGCAGGCGAGGAUUGUGUAUGCAAAAUACUACCAGCAUUAGACAUUUAUAUUGUUGGAUGUUAUUGUUGA